AUGUGGCCCAUGGUUUCGGCCCUGACUCCGGCGAUGGCGAGUUCCCGUGCGUUCUCUCCUCUGGCCUUCGGCCCCUCCGGCUUCCCUCCGCGACACCGGCAGAUCGCUGCCCCGUCAGUGCCGAUGUCCGAGGCUGACUUCCAAAAGAGGCUGAAACCGAACAAGUUGGUCACUUACUUCGACACGCAAGUCUUGAAGUACAGGGAUGACGACAGCCUCAUGACGACUGGUAUCCUUGCUGCGGUGAGCACCACCGCCUCCUUUCUGAGAAGGCGCAGUCGGACAUGGUGGUACGCGGUGUCCAGCUGUACCUUCGCUCUGCUGAUUUAUCACUUCACUGGGGCCGGGAGGCCCGCCUUCUCGGAGGCGACCAGGGACCUCUUGGUGAACAUGACGCAUUCGGUGCGUACGGUGACGGUGUUCCUUUUGGGCUUUUUCUUGGCCGCCUGCAUCAAUCGGUGGUGGGCAAUGCGCAACGACUGCAUCGGACGACUUUGGGGUGCAAUCAACGACCUCACCUUACUUCUGACAAGCUACUUUCCAAGUGACUCGCCUGAGGACACCCUUGUCCGUGAGCGGAUGCUCCGAUGGGCUGUUUUGUCACACGAGCUGAUGUACAAGCAGGCCAUGCAGGAUGAGGAUCUGAAUGAUCUCUUGCAGUGCGGGCUCCUGGAGGAGGAGGAGCGCAAGGUGCUAGCUCUCCUGCCCUCCAAGGGUCAAGUGGUCUGGGCCUGGGCCACUUCAUACAUCGCGCAUUUGGCGCAAGGCCCGGUCGACCAGGGUGGCAGCUGCUUGCCCUUUCCCGUCACUACGAUGCCUGAGCUUCAACGGCUUUGCUGUGAGGCACGAGGAGGUUUGGGUGCAACAUUGGCAUAUGUCGACACGCAGGUUCCUCUUCGUUACAUGCACGGCCUGUACAUUGUGGUUGCCAUGCACAAUGUUCUGCAAGGAAUUACCUCUGCCGUCGUCAUUGCACGGGCUCUUAGCCGUCAGACAUACGUCACUGCUGCCGUAGAGGUCAUUUGCGUGCUGUUUUUCCCCGUUGUAUUCGCGGGCUUGUUGCAUCUUGGGGCAGGGAUGCUGAAUCCACUUCGCUCCUGUCGCGAUACUGACUUCCCUCGCGGAGCCUUCUCUUACUACAUUCUCGCUGAGAACCGUGCAUUUCAUCAGGGCUGCAGCCAAAUGAAUCACAAGUGGGCCUGCAGGGAGAAGGGCUUGGGAGCUCCCGAAAUGGCUGUGCUGUGCACAGAUGGAUCGCAAGACAGGCACUUGAAGAUCUCGAGUAGUGUUCAGACAGAGUCCAAGCAUGAGGAUGAGUCGAUGAGCACGGACACUGCAUGCUUCCGGGUCUUCAGCGACGCAGCAAAGAGGCGCGGAGGAGAGUUAAAGUUAGGCCUCCUCGCCGGUCUCUGCCGGACGGCCGCCCAGGUGAAGAUGGGUGAUGGGGUCAUGGAUCGAGGCUGCAUCCUGAGGUUGCAGAGCAUCUUCCUGCAGUGUGGGCUUUGGAUCAGAAUGCAAGACGGGGUUUUCAGCGAGCGUGCCUUCAGGCCUCCCGGUGAGGAUGGGCCUGCAGAGAGUACCGUCCGAAGCUCGCCCGAGCCACCGCCGCGAGCACCGACCUCUGCCCGCGGAGCCUCGCCCUCGCCGCUACAAAGGAGGCUGCGACCGAGCCUGGGCACCUCAGAGGUAUCCUCCGCCCGGAGCUCAGGCACGGGCGCCAGUCAGGCACGCACUCCGGCCUCAACAAGGCCGGCACACACGUUUGUAGAUUGCAUCACGGGUUUCGCUGGAGUACCUUUGACAGUUCUCUCUUCCGUAAUCUCGUUGUAG